AUGGAAGUGGAUCCUCCGACUCAAUCCUUGAAAUCGGACAAGAAACCGAGGUUCGAAGUGAAAAAGUGGAAUGCUGUAGCUCUUUGGUCAUGGGAUAUCGUAGUUGAAAACUGCGCCAUCUGUAAGAAUCACAUCAUGGAUCUCUGUAUAGAAUGUCAAGCGAACCAAGGUGCCGAAAGUGAUGGCUGCACAGUCGCUUGGGGUAUUUGCAACCACGCAUUCCAUUUCCAUUGUAUUUCCCGUUGGCUCAAAACGCGGCAUGUAUGUCCUCUGGACAAUCGACAAUGGGAAUUGCAGAAAUACGGCCGUUAA